UUAUAUGAUGAAAAUUUCUGUGAUUCUCGUAGCAUUGCUUUGUAAAGACUCAAAACCUGACGGGUGUUGGUGGCCAUUAUAGUGUUGAUAAACAAUGUGUGCAGUAUAAUUGUUGCACUUGCCAAGUGCAAUAAAAUCACGAUGUAUGUAAUCUCCAAUUGCACACGGGUUCGAUGAAUCGAACACGGACUGCGAUCACAGCGACGCUUGACGCAGAUUUUUAGAAUUACACAACAUAACACAACCUAAAACUGCGUUUGACCAUAAUUAACUGCUGUUUUCUUCAUAGUUUAUUGAGAAUUGCUUAAAAAUGUUGGAAAUUAAAUACAAUAAUAAGACAAUUUUAUUCCUAGAAAAUGUAUUGUCUAUAGUAGAAGUAAAGACAAAUAUCACCAACAAAAUUCAACAUGAAGAUUUUUAUUUGAUACAUAAUGGUAAACAUUUUAAUGAUGAUGGUGUUCCUGAUGGAAUUGUGCAUGUGGUGCCAAAACUUGUGGGUGGGAAAGGUGGUUUUGGUUCAAUGCUAAGAGCAAUUGGUGCACAAAUUGAGAAAACUACAAAUAGGGAAGCCUGCAGAGAUUUAAGUGGAAGAAGACUUAGAGAUAUUAAUGAAGAAAAACGCUUAAAAGCAUGGAUUGAUAAACAGGCAACUAGGGAGCAAGAGGCAGAAGAUAAAAAGCAGAAAAAAUUGGAGAGGUUGGUUCAAAAACCAAAGGUUGAAUUUAAAGAUGAUACUUAUGACAAAGAGAGGUCUGAAUUACCUGAAAGAUUAGAAGAUGCUGUUACUCAAGGAAUGGAAGCUGCAGCUUCUGCAAGUGCUUCAACUACAAGUAAAAGAAAAUCUGAUACUAAAGUUGAUGAAGUAAAGAAAAAGAAGAGGAAAGGUGCCAUGUGGCUGGAUGAUGACAUAGAUAUUUCAAGUAGUGAUGAUAACUCAGCUUCAGAGUCAGAAGAUAGUUCAGAAGAAACAAAAGAGGUAACAAAACUUGCUGCUACAAAUUAAUUUUAGUUUAAUUUAUAAAUAUUCAUUUGUCAGAUCAAAAAGAACAUUUUAUUUGUCAUUGUUCAAUUAAAAACAAAUACAUUCAUUUUCCUAAAUAGAUUUCCCUGCUCCCUAUUCUAGUUUUGAUCCAAAUAUCUUAGGAACAUACGGUUCAAUUAUUUCGUAUGAAUUGAACAGUUUAAUCGCGAUAACGACCACAAGGAGGCCUUUUAUAAUGCGCCAGAUGUUUGGAUUCUGGACAAAAUUCCGCAGUCGUUGAACGAAGAGAUUUCCGUCAACUUUGCUUUCGCAGGGUAGUGACAUCCCUGGUGUUGGUAAUUCAUCCUCGUCUUGAUCGAUGGGUUCAUCAUCAAGGAUGAUAUCGUCCAUCAAGAUACCUUCGGCGCCCAGGAACCUCCCCUCGUAUGGUUCAUCUUCAUCCUGUGCUUGAAGGGUUUCCUCUUCGAUUUGUGGGCCUUCGCCGAUCGGGUUUUCAGACUCUUCGUAUCCUUGAUGACCGAAAGGAGCGUUUUCAUUAGGUUCAUCUGGUGUGCUUGGCCUCUUCACCUUUUGCUGGUCGUCCUCGAUGUGCUCCAUUUUUGGGAGCAAUUUACUAAAAUUUACUAUUGCUUCAUAGAAAAUUUGACGUUUAUUUUAUUAAUAUCUAUAAUUUUGUUUUUAUUCCAUGGCAAACUUUAUACAUUUAAAUCAGUACAACUUUCAUAUGUAUCGUUGGCAACCAUACAUACACGAACGACAUCAAUCGAUACGUCGUAAACAUUGGCCUGAAAAUUCCUCAUAAACAGCUCAAAUUUAAGAUUAUUAG